AUGGCCCUAAGAGCUCAGUAUGAGAAUAGCAAUGAGGUUGGCGUUUUUGCCAACCUAACCAAUAGCUAUGCCCUCCUCGCUAUUGGGGUCGCAGCCAAUUUCUCCAAUGUUUUCCAAAUGGAACUAGAGAAUCACAUUCCAAUUGUACACACGACAAUCGGCGGAACUUCUCUUGUAGGUCGUGUUACUGUAGGCAAUAAGAAUGGGCUACUGGUGUCUAGCAUCUGCACUGAUCAAGAAUUGCUACACUUGAGGAAUUCUCUUCCUGAUUCCAUUGAAAUUAGAAGAGUUGAGGAGAGGUUAUCAGCACUGGGCAAUUGUAUAUCUACUAAUGACUAUACUGCCCUAAUUCACACUGAUUUGGACAAAGAAACAGAGGAGAUUGUACAAGAUAUACUGGGAGUUGAAGCAUUUCGAGCUACAAUUGCAGAUCAAGUACUGGUGGGAAGCUAUUGCAAAUUUCAAAAUCGAGGGGGGAUGGUACACGUUAAAACGACAACUGAUGAGAUGGAUGAGUUAUCGCAGAUGCUGCAAAUACCCCUCACUGCGGGAACAGUUAAUAGGGGAUCAGAUGUUCUUGGUUCGGGAAUGGUUGUAAACGAUUGGGUCGCCUUUUGUGGAAUGGAUACGACAGCCACAGAAAUUGCUGCAAUAGAACAUAUAUUCAAGCUUAACGAAACACCUUGGUCAAACAACAUAAAGAAAUUUGACGAUAAUGUGUAUAAAUCGGCGGUAGUAGAUACAUUGAUUUGA